GCCACCCUGCCGACCAACGCGGUUGGCCGUCCCAGUCACCCACGGCACUGUGUUGUGAUAAGCAAUUACAGCUAUUGGAAAAUAAAACUGCGAGAAUAUCACUAUUCAUGCAACUCUUAACACAGCGCAUUAACAUCAUAGGAUUGCAUUCAUUCUGCUAUCAACACAAUUCGAUUUCGCGUAACAAGAACUGACGGAAUAAAAAAUCUCGCGGCCAUGAUCGCCCAAGCCGUGAAGGAGGAAAUGGCCAGGCGGCAGCAAGAGGCUGCCCGGAGGAUGGUGCAGAGGCAGAUGGCCCUGCAGGUGGCGUCGGUGCGAGAGCGCCUCGAGUGGUUCGCGCCCUUCCUGGUUUCAUCAGCGACGUUCCUGUUCCUCGGCUACCGCAAAACCAGAAAUUCAGUCGUGCUGUACCCCCUGGUGCCCAUGUGCUUUGCCCUGGGCUAUCAGGUCGAUUUCGCUUUCGGAAGCAAAACGAACAGAAUUAAAAACAUCGCAGAAAGCAUCAUGAGACACGAGGGACACCUGAUCCACGUGCCUGAGUGGCACUACAGCGACCCCCCUCAAGCAAAAUCACGGUGGGCAUCCCCCUUAUCUCGCUCAAGCCUUGACAUGCCCAGUCUUGGAGCCCAAGUCAAGAUAUAAGGACUGCAAGCCUCUCACAAUUCUCAUUAUCAUUUGCUAUAUUGAGGUUACGAACCGUGCCAUUGAUACUGAACCAUGAGACAUGAUUGUAUUGUAUUACGCGUUUCCAA